AUGGCGGGGAAAAAGGGCGGCGAAAACUCCAAAAAAGCGGCGGGCAAUGCAAGAAAAGCCGAAGCAGCCGCACAAAAAGAAGCUGCUGCAAACGCCAGGAAGGCCGAAGAGGAAGCCCGCGAGUGGUCCAAGGGAGCAAAAUCGAGUGCAAAGAAAGACCAAGCAGAAGCCAAAAAGGCAGAAUCAGCCCGCAAAAAAGCCGAGCGUGACGCACAACUAGCAGCCGAAGACGCAUCCCUACCCUCCAAGCCCAAAGGCGCGGGUACAAAAGCCGCCGCGAAAAAGAACGUCGGCUCCGGCACCACUCGCGCCGGCACCCUCGAUCUCUCCCAGCUCGACGCUUCCAACGAGAAACCCACAAGCUACAACAAGGCCGCCCUGGCCCUCAACGCCUCUGGCAUCGACAACGCGCUCGACGCCCUCUCCCUAACCACCUCGCCCGGCACAGCCAAGAUCGAGCGCCAUCCGGAACGAAGGUUUAAAGCCGCGUAUACGGCGUUCGAGGCGCGGCGGUUACCGGAGAUUGAGCAGGAGCAACCCGGCCUGCGGAGGCAACAACGCCUGGAGAUUGUGCGGAAGGAGUUUGAGAAGAGUGAGGAGAACCCGUUCAAUCAGGUUAGCGUUGCUUUUGAUGCGACGAGGGAGGAGGUGAGGGCUGCUCAGGAGGCGGAGAAGAAGAAGAUUGAAGGGCGGCUAACGGGAAAGUCGGGUUUGUGA